CCACGGAGAGUUCAACUCAGUUGGCUAUUGUCAAUAAAAGACACGUUGAAAAUGUGUUCCAUUUUUAUAUUCACUUCAUGGAACGGUCCCCAACAUUCCGUUCCCGCCUGCCUCCCCCCUUCUGUACCCCGGCAACGUGGCUUCUCCGUUGCCCGGUGGACGGACAUGCUCCCACGCUAGUAAGGCAGUAAACGAUGACGUUAGCCAGCCAGGUUACUCCACCUCAACUUCCGGCCCCAGGUCGUCCCUUUUGAGGCCCAAAGUAGGGGACAAACAUGUCCAAGAGGCUGAUCCAAAACCUUGCCAAGAUCAUCUCGAAACAAGUGGACCGCUUCAAUCAAACGGAGGUAGAGUGCCUUAUUCGUGAGUUUUACGCCAUCCUCGGACAAACGACAAGCACCGGGAAGAGCAGCUUGGACGAAAGGAAGUUCAGAAGCAUAUUGACAAAUGAGUUCGGCCUCACCAAUAACACUAUCAUGGAAAGAGUUUUCAGGACGUUCGACAAGGACAAUGACAACUUUGUCAGCUCCAAAGAGUGGGUGGAGGGCCUGUGCGUGUUCCUUCGCGGCACCUUGGAUGAAAAAAUUAAAUAUUGUUUUCAUGUGUACGACUUGAGUGGAGACGAGUACAUCGCCAGGGAGGAGAUUCUUCUCAUGGUGAGGAACUGCCUGCGGAUGCACGGUGAGGAGGACCCUUAUGACAGCAUCAAAGACCUGGUGGAGAUCACGCUCAAGAGGAUGGACCACGACAAUGAUGACAAACUGUCUUUUGAAGACUACAAAAAGUCGGUGAAGGAGUUGAACAUUGUGCUCGAGGCUUUUGGGACAUGCCUCCCCAAUGCCACGAGGAUUGAGAGGUUCGAGCAGCGCGUAUUCAAUAAUAAAUGGGACCACAGAUGAAGUCCAUAAACUAUUUUUAAAUACAUACCAACUGCUGUCUGGAUUGGAUUGGAUACAACUUUAUUGUCAAAUGUACUGUAUGUGUAACAUACAGCACAGAUGAAAUU